AUGGCUUUAGGACCAGACUCGCUGACGGGUUCUCCCGCUCGUAUGGAGAACGGUAUGCCGGCCACUAAGGGCGCGGCGGAUAGUAGUGCGAGUUUGUUUUCGUCGGCAGAAAGUGGUUUACCGCCGGCUGUGAAGAUCUCGUUAAGGGCGCAAGGUUGCGAUCGGAAGGAGGAGCGAGCGCGCAUUUCUAUUCGCAUGGAUGACCCCGAGCAAAUGAUCGACAAGAUAUUAGAUAUACUGGCGGCGAAAUUCCCGAUUCACGCCUUCUACCAAGUUUUAAACAACGAGGACAAGUACAACGAAAAGAUAGCGCAGAGAGUCGCACCUGACACAACGCCGAAUACGUUUCAGACGAAGAUACAGGAAGCCAUGUACGAGGACCUGGUUUCCAUCAGUCGGCAGUCAGCUGCGGCGCAGACAAUUGUGUCCGCGAUGCAAGGGGAGAGGAUUGUGUCGACGGUGCAGGGAGAGCGCAUAGGUGCAGGGGCUGAAACCCUAGUGAGCCCAACUGGGAGCGUCAGCUCGAUUACCAAUAGAACGAUGACGGGCCUUUUGAAGGACGCCCUGGCGACCCUGAGUGCUGACGAACUAGUCGAAGUCACCACCAAUGUGUCACCAUCGAACACGAGUAAGCUCGCACGUGUGCUCCUCGAGCGCUGCAGACGAAGCUCUACGUCUAGUUUGCGCGAGGUUGUGAGCCAGGUCGCGCAGACGACCGUGCAGACGUCGGUACAACCGACGCCGGAUUAUGACGUUGGCUCGCGGGCUUCCUCCUCAGGCAAGUGGGAAACCGUGGACGAGAGCUUUCUUCUCGCGGACCGGGAAACCGAACACUCGAAUGGAGCAGCCAGCGUUAGCAGCCAGUUCUCCAUCACCUCGGGACUUCGCGAUUCGGGCAUUGACGAGUCCACUCCUGCGGAAUUUGAUCCUCAGUUGGUCGAACGAGUCAUGCUCCUCAGCAUCCAACAAUUAGAGGAACUAGCGCAAGGGAACGCCCAAAGCGAACAGGAACUGCUACAACUAGUAAAUACCAACGUGCACUUCCGCAAGUGGGUAGAAAGUCUCGUCGUCAUCAGGAAACAACAUGUAAGAUUCGGAACUGGGUGGAUAUUUAACACGCUUAUACUUAGAAUAAUACCCUGCCGUUUGCACACAUCUUAG